AUGAAGAAUCUGGUGACGACACUCACCGUCAAACGGUUCUGGAACAAGUACUGGAGCAGCUUGACGAAGAAGACGAAGCGAGCGUCUCGAACAAUACAUCUGAUCCUGACUACGAAGAUGAUGGUCGGUCUGCUGGCAGCACAUGUUCAGUAUGGCACUGAGUUCCUAGACUUUCGCGAGACCUUAUGGCUACACUCAGGGUCAAUUAUUGGCGGACUCCUUGCUUUGCGUGAGUCGUACAAAACAGUCAGCAUUGUAAACCCAAGAUUCCACGACUUUGACCACCCAGACCAAAAGAUGAGAACGGCAAAAGGAUACAGGGCUGCGGUCCCCGGAAUCAAGAAGCAACUGAAGAGUGCAGUGGGUGCUAUUGUCGAGCCCAUGCUCGGAAUCGAGGAUAGACUUUCCUACGAAGUCGUUACUGGCCGUUUUCAGAAGGACAAUUCGUCGUGUGGCGUAUGGUGUCUUGUUGUGUUGGAGCUGCUGCUGUUUGGGGCUACUCCUCAAAGCUGGAGCGACUUCUGGAACAACUUCCUUUAUGAUGUGUUGGACUACUUGAGCAUGCGCUAUUUGUACAAAGUGGGAGCUCUAGAGCGUCAAAUAAGCAUCAUGGCCGAAGGUGACGAGUAG